AUGAAUUAUUGCGAGCUCGACCCUAAGCCCACCUAUUAUAUUACAACUAUGCAUGUGCUAUCUGCACUAACAAUCCCAGUAGAUCUUUUCGGUAUAUACUUCAUAGUUUCAAAAACUCCUUCAAUUAUGAAGGAGUACUCAAGAUUUCUGCUUUAUUACCAAGUCUGUGCUACGGUUGCCGAUAUUUGGACUAAUCUGCUAUUCAUACCUGUCAUGUUCUUGCCUUUUCCUAUUGGUUACACUGAGGGUCUGCUAUAUCUAUGUGGAGAUAUUGAUAUAUUUUAUUUCUUCGUAGUCUGGUAUAGCCUUGUUGUCACUACCAUGGGAUCGAACUACUCAUGCAUUCAAACAGUUGAUGGCAUACCGGGCAUUCGAUAUUCCGCCCUAAGCGAUAUUAAAAUGCUAUUCCUGAUUGUCACAGCGGAAGCCUUUUUUGCAGUCACAUUCUCUUAUUUGUUUAUUUAUCUCACUUUUCUACCAGACUUUUUGGAUGACCAGCUCUCUCUUCAGGUCACCUCUCCGAUCCUCAUUGUUAUCAUUCCUGGAUGUUCAGUGAUGUUGCUGGUGUGCUGGGGAAACUUCUCAGGUGGUGCAGAACGUCAUGUACAAAUGGUCGUCAACAUGGUGUUCAUCAUGAUAGCAACUCACGGAUUUUUUGGAACAAUCGUCAUGAUUGCUGUCAAUGAGCCGUAUAGAAGAACAAUCCAAGAUGCUGCCCUGCGAAUUGUCCAGAUUUUCAGGAGGCGAAGGGUUGAGCCAAUCGAUUGA